AUGUAUUUCCCACUACAACCAGUUGAUUUACUUGAUCAAAAACAAUUUCCUGAUUUACAUUUAAUACUUGGUGGUAAAUUAAAAGAAUUAGCUGAAGUUGAAACUCCAUUAGGACUUUUAAAUUGA